AUGAGUCCUGCAAUCGGUCUGUUGGCGUUGGCGCUUAGCGUCGUCUUGAUAGCUUAUUCCAUUCGGCCCUUGACACUGCAAAUUCUACGGCUUUCCAAACCGUCGCCGUUCCCUUUGGUCAACGGCAAACGCCCUUUCGAGCUCACCAAUGUUCGCUCGAAGAAACUGUUCAUCGUCAAGGCCGGGAAUAUGAUAUCAAACCGCCUUGCGCAAGUUCCAGGGCUGCCUUUUCGCAUGCUUGCCGACGUUGGAGAGAUUCUAAUUCUUCCAGCCAAGUACACCCAUGAGAUUCGCAAUCACGACGAGCUCAGUGUCACACAAGCAGCCUUCAAGUGGUUUUAUGCGCAUCUUCCAGGAUUUGAAGGUUUCAGAGAAGGGACCAACGAAAGUGAUGUCAUGAAGCAUGUUGCCAUGCAUCAGCUUACGCACCAACUCACCCUCGUAACAAAGCCGGUCUCCGAUGAAUGCAAAGUGGCCUUACAAGAGAUUUACACUGACAAUGAAGAUUGGCAUGAGGUCGUGGCCAAAGAAGUCAACUUGCAGCUCAUGGCACGCAUCACAUCACGCGUGUUUUUGGGGCUGAAGAUGUGUCGAAAUCCUCAGUGGCUCCGCAUCAUGUCCACGUAUACGACCGUGGCCUUUCAGGCGGUGGAAGAACUUCGGCUGUGGCCACACUGGCUUCGGUCCACUGCCCAAUGGUUCCUCCCACAUUGCACCUCGGCUCGUGCCUUGGUCCAGGAGGCAAGAGAUCUCAUCAAUCCACUAAUAGAGACCAGGCGUUGUGAAAAGGCUGCUGCCGCUGAGCGAGGAGCCAAGUGUGAUCAUCCGGAGCUCAUCGAGCCCCUUCGUGAAGAAAUCAUCGCAGUGCUAAGCCAGAGUGGGUGGUCAAAGCGCUCUCUAUACAGCCUCAAACUCAUGGACAGUGUCUUGAAGGAAAGUCAGAGGAUGAAACCGAUUUCAGUUGCAAGUAUGCGGCGCUUCACGACUGCGGAUGUGAACCUCUCAGACGGAACAGUUCUGCCCAAGAACAAAUUGGCUGCAGACCGACAGACCGGACAGGCCGGUCGGUCCGUCUGA